CUUCUUUCCAUGGCCGACUGUUCUGCCGCACCAGGCCAGCCCAACUGGGCGAGUCUGAAAACAUGGGACAGGGGCAAGGUCGCACUGCUGGAUGACAGCUGGCAGCGCCCGGCCUCUCUCCCCACCCCGGGUGGCCAAUCAUUAGUGCGGGCCCCACCCUCCCUACGUUACAAAGAGGAAAUAAACGCCCCUCCCGUCCUUCCUCUCACUCCGACCAAUAAAAACCGCUCGGACAUCCUUCCCCUGGGCGAGACACGGAGAGAGCGAGGGAGGGAGGGAGAGGGAGAGGGAGCAGAUUCUGAGACACCCCAAAGAAAGAAAGAGAAGAUUCCGAGACUCCCCGAUGGUUUCUAUUCUGAGUCUGUGAGAGAGAUCGAUAUAUAGAGAGAGGGGGUUUGGAUCCUGAGAUGUCUCUCGCCGGAGACGUUGGUCUCGAGAAGGAUCGUGCGGCGGCGACGGUGCUGAUCGGAGAAAAGAAGGAUAGCUUCAUCGUCGGGGAGAAGGAGCGGUAGCCCAAUCGCGAUAAAGACUCCUCCUUUACUCGAAUCGUCAGCGAUUUGGACACCGAAUAGCCGCUCGUCGGUUGUUGGUGUCCGUUUCCCGGAAGAAUCGGGAAGGAGAGAUAGGCUAUUAAAUAGGGGUUGGUUCUGAUUUGGGGCUUUGUGAGGUUUUUUUUGGCAUCCGAGGAUAUGUCGGCGAAGGUGCGGAGCGGCGGCGACACGGCGGCGAUGACGGCAGCGGCGGACGGGAAGGGCGGGGGGCAGAUCGAGGUGGAGUUCGCAAAGUGCGAGUGCUGCGGCCUGACGGAGGAGUGCACGCCGGCGUACAUCGCGCGGGUGCGGGAGCGGUACAGCGGGCGGUGGGUCUGCGGCCUCUGCGGCGAGGCCGUCAAGGAAGAGAUCUGCCGCGCCGGGCGGCGGAUUUCCACGGAGGAGGCGCUCCACCGCCACAUGAGCUUCUCACGGGACUUCCGUUCGGCGUCGCCGCCAGCCAACCCGGCGGAAGAUCUAAUCGCCGCCAUGCGCCACCUCCUCCGACGGAGCCUCGACUCACCGAGGGCUCUUCGGUCCACCCCCGUCAGUCCCCGCGGAAAGGAUGACGACGGUGACGAUGGCGGCCGCCGCCGCCGCCGCUCGCUCAUCCGCACCGAGAGCUGCUUUUCCUCGUUGCCUCGUUGAAGACGUCGGCAAAGCCCGCACCGCCAAGAGGUAGAGUUCAAACUCCAAGCGAUCCAAAUGCCCAUGUAGGAAAAGAAUCUCACUGUUUAUUAAAAUAGUUAGGGUAAUUAUCCGGAAAAUUAGAAUAAUUCGGCUAAAUUAUCAAUCUUUCUUUUUAUUCGGCUUUUUUUUUUUCCGUCCCGCCCGUUGGAAAGAUUUCGAUCGAAUCAAUGCAUGUAGCAAGAAAGAAAAUGGAGUGAAAUCUUCCAUUUUCCAGAACCUUAUUAUCAUUUUCCGUUAAUAAAUUCCUUCCAUGUUUCCAUUACUAAA